UUCACAAAUCUAUUCGGAACUGUAUACAAAUCUGGAAACUUGGAAUUCACUCAUAAUGGCUCGUGUCUCCUAAGCCCCGUCGGAAAUCACGCCACAAUAUUCCAUUUGCUUCGAGAUGAAGCUCGUACUAUUUUUGUAAACAGCCAGUUUAAUCUAACUCAUAUUGCGGUCUCACCUACGCUUCCAGUUAUUUUUGCAAUCAAUACAAAUGGUGAUGGAUCGCUUGUGUCCCUCCUUUCUGGCAAUGUUAUUAGUACACAUAAGUUUCGUCAUCCCAUAUCAGCCCUUUCUUUUAGUCCAAAUGGAAAGUAUUUAGCGAUUGCCAAGAACCAUGCUAUUAUGGUCUUCCUUGCUCCAGAACCCGAGCGGAGUAUGAAUUCACUGGAGUUGUACCGUUUUUUAUAUGGUUUUCAGGAUUCUGUCAGAAAUAUUGACUGGUCAUCGGACUCAAGGUUUAUAAUCGCUGGCAGCGACGACAUGACAGCACGCAUACUGUCUGUGGGGAAAUGUGAAAAACUAAUUAUCUACACUCUCUCUGGUCACAGAGCUCCGGUCUUCGCCAGGUUCUGUAGCGAUCAUUCUCUCGAUUGUUUUACGCUUAGUACCGAUGGGGAGUUGAAAAUGUGGGUUUGUGACACAAUGCUAAAGGACAUGGAUACUGGAGCAAAGGCAGCGGAAAAGGCAAUCGCGAAAGCCACCUUCCGUCUGACCUCGAAGCACUUCUACCGAAACUCGUUGGAUCGUCUCAUUCCUGAGUCCAUUACCGUUAUCGCCUACCAUCGUAAAUUACAGAUGUUGGUGGCUGGGUUCGAGAACGGUGUUGUUAUGCUCCAUCAGCUACCCGAGUUUACGCUCAUCGAUAGAACUAGGUAG